GGAAAAGCCCGAUUAGUCACAAAAACUGGUCCUCGUCAAGAAGGAAAGAACGCUGAGCGAUAAAGAGAACCAGUUAACCGUAGUUAUCCAAGAUGGAUGUGUUCUUGAUGAUCAGAAGAAAAAAGACUACCAUCUUUACAGAUGCAAAAGAGUCAACCCCAGUUAGCGAUGUGAAAAAAAUUGUAGAAGGUAUUCUAAAGAUCAGACCUGAAGAUCAAAAGCUGUUCAAAGAUGAUCAGCCACUAGAUGACAACAAAACGCUAGGAGAUUAUGGGUUUACUUUUGCAACAGCAAGAGCACAAGCUCCAGCUACUAUCGGACUGGCUUGUAAACAAGAUGAUGGCGAGUUUGAACAGUUAGAGAUCACCCCCCUAUCCAGUCCCCCGGAGCUACCAGAUGUGAUGAAACAACAAGACUCCACAUCGGCACAUGCACAAGAACAAACAGCAUCUUAAUCUUGUUCAUAGCUAACUUAUUUUCUCAAAGUUCAUUAGGAAGUUUAUUAUAAUUGUUAUGUAAAACAAAAACAAAACAAAAAUAACGGUGAUACAAAUAUCCAUGUGAGUACCCUCCUGCAUGAGCAUAUCCAAGCUUUAAGAGAUUUCUUUUUUGUUCCAUUAGCUAUUAUUGGUAUGUAAAGUGCGGUCAUAUAAUACAGGUACGAAAGUCACUAAUGUUUAAAUAUAGUCUGUACCUUGCUAAAGUUUCAAAGCGCUGUUGAUUACAAAAAUUACUAUGUAAGAUUUUUUUUCAGUGUAAAUUUGUUUCAAUGUUUCAAAAAGUUACAGUCUUGUUUUUAAUAAUUAAAAUUUAAGCAUAAAAAAUG